AUGUUUAGGGUACAGCGCAGUUACAGGAGCCCCUCCGUCGGAGCGAGCAGGCCAGUGGGGACUGAAGUAUCAAAACCUGGCUGGGUCCUUGAGACGGGUCCCUGCCCUGGGCUGGAAGGGACAGGAGCCUACCUUCCUGAUGAAUAUCUGUUAUCGCUGAAGUUUCUCUUUGGCUCAUCAGCCACCCAGGCUUUGGACCUAGUUGAUCGACAAUCCAUCACCUUAAUCGCAUCACCCAGUGGAAGGCGUGUUUACCAGGUACUUGGAAGUUCUGGGAAAACAUACACAUGUUUGGCUUCUUGUCAUUACUGUUCAUGUCCUGCAUUUGCCUUCAAGGUGCUACGGAAGAGUGACAGCAUCCUGUGCAAGCAUCUCCUGGCAGUUUACCUUAGUCAGGUUAUGAGGACCUGUCAGCAGCUAAGUGUCUCCGACAAGCAGUUGACUGACAUAUUAUUGAUGGAGAAGAAACAAGAACCAUAAAAGGGCAAAUGAAGGACCAGAUGAAAAAUCCUGUCCUAGAAGGAAACUACAGGUACUACCAGGGAUUUUCAGUCUGAAGAAGAAAAGACAAAAUAGGUAACAAGAGUAUUAGAAGAGAGAGCAAAGAAAAGAAUUCAUGAAGAAGAAAAUAAAAUCAAUUUCAUCAUAAGACAAGAACUUAUGGUAAAGCUGCCCACAGCCAGAAGAGGAUCCUAGAAGGACAGGAACUCCCUGUCUGCAGCAUUUCAUAAGCAUGUAAUAUCCUUGCGGGGAUACAGCAGAAGGAAUUGAUGCAAUGGACAAACAAAUGAUAUUGGUGAUUUUACAGCCUAAGAAAGGCCCAUGCUUUUGCCCCCAGAACAUGAAGUGCUAGUGAAUAAAUGCUGGGUGAAAAGCCCAGGGCCCAGAUGUUGUAAUGUUCUGUGGUUGGCAGAUGUUUUUUGUUUUGUUAAAGUGUGACAAAUAAAAUCUAUCAAGACUUUUCUGCUACUCGGAAAA